ACAUCUGUCAUUUCGAUCAGCUUUGUAAUCUGUUCGAUUUUGUGUUGAACUCCUUGACGUGUGGUUGACGUUUACUUUCUUUCUUGUUAAAUUUUGUGUCCAACAUGGCUCGUGGACCAAAAAAGCAUUUGAAGCGUUUAAACGCGCCCAAAGCAUGGAUGUUGGACAAAUUGGGGGGUGUGUACGCGCCCCGGCCGUCCACCGGUCCCCACAAACUGCGGGAAUGUCUGCCGCUCGUCAUUUUCCUGCGUAACCGUCUCAAGUACGCGCUCACCGGUAAUGAGGUCCUCAAGAUCGUGAAACAGCGCCUGAUCAAAGUGGACGGCAAAGUCCGAACUGAUCCCACUUACCCAGCUGGAUUUAUGGAUGUGGUCUCAAUUGAGAAGACCAAUGAAUUGUUCAGACUGAUCUACGAUGUUAAGGGACGUUUCACCAUCCACCGUAUCACACCCGAGGAAGCUAAGUACAAGCUCUGCAAGGUUCGUAACGUAGGUACUGGACCUAAGAAUGUCCCAUACUUAGUGACACACGACGGCCGUACAAUCCGUUACCCCGACCCACUCAUCAAAGUGAAUGACUCUAUCCAGCUCGACAUUGCCACAAGCAAAAUUAUGGACUUCAUCAAGUUUGAAUCAGGAAACCUGUGUAUGAUAACCGGAGGUCGUAACUUGGGGCGUGUGGGCACAAUUGUGUCCCGUGAGAGACAUCCAGGAUCCUUCGACAUUGUCCACAUUAAGGACUCAACAGGACACACAUUUGCCACUAGGUUGAACAACGUGUUCAUCAUCGGCAAGGGCACGAAGGCGUACAUCUCGCUGCCGCGCGGCAAGGGCGUGCGCCUCACCAUCGCCGAGGAGCGCGACAAGCGCAUCGCCGCCAAGGUGGCCGCGCACUAGCUCGUAUUAAAUAAUUACCGCUA